GUUGACCCAACAUUUUAGGCAAGACCCCAACCUCCUUCAAUCUUUUACACAAUCAUGGAGAAAGGCUCUCUCUCUCUCUCUCUCUCUGAACUGAAAACUCCACACUCGUUCACUUCCUCUGCAACUGCAAACACUAGAGACCAGAAGAUCAUGAGUACAACACAACUACCAUUGAGCAUAGUUCUCUGUCUCUCUCUGAUCUUUCGAUGCUCUUUCGCUGUCUCGCCAUUUGGCAAUAUCAUACCUCGCUUUCCUUCUCCUCUCAUUCAUCCAGAAAAUUCUCAACAACCAUCGCUCUCUAACGACCAGAGCAGCAACAAUGGGCUCUACCAGUCCAGGUACUUCACGCAAACUCUCGACCACUUCGGCUUCCGUCCCGAGAGCUACCAGACGUUCCAGCAGAGGUACCUGAUCAACUCCACCUUCUGGGGCGGCCCGCGGAGGAAUGCCCCGAUCUUUGUCUACACUGGGAACGAGGGCAACAUCGAGUGGUUCGCCCAGAACACGGGCUUCAUGUUCGAGACUGCACCCCGCUUCAAUGCCCUUCUUGUGUUCAUCGAGCAUCGGUAUUACGGGAAAUCGAAUCCAUUCGGGGGCAACAAAGAGGUGGCGUCCAGCAACGCAAGCACGCUGGGCUAUCUCUCUUCGACGCAAGCAUUGGCAGACUACGCGAUGCUGAUCACCGAUCUGAAGAAGAACUUGACAGCCGAGCAUUCGCCUGUGGUGGUUUUUGGAGGUUCAUACGGUGGAAUGUUGGCAGCAUGGUUUAGGCUAAAGUAUCCGCACAUUGCAGUUGGCGCUUUGUCUUCUUCUUCUCCGAUCCUCAACUUUGUCAACAUCACCUCGCCUUAUAGCUUCAACGACAUCAUCACUCGAGACUUCAGGAGCGAGAGCGAGAAUUGCUACAAAGUGAUCAAGCGAUCAUGGCAGAAGAUCGAAGAUACAGCGAAGCAACGUGGCGGACUCCAGAUCCUGCGAAAAUCAUUUGGACUGUGCAAGAACUCCAUGGAUGCGGGUUAUCUCAAAAGUUGGCUCGAAACUGCUCUCGUUUACACCGCCAUGACCGAUUAUCCAACUCCUUCCAAUUUCUUAAAUCCCUUGCCUGCUUACCCCGUCAAACAGAUGUGCAAGGUGAUAGAUGAUCCGAGCAAAGGAGAUGAUGAUUUCGCGAAAUUGUAUGGCGCGGCGAACAUCUACUACAACUAUAGCGGUGGCGUCUCGUGCUUUGAUCUAAUGGAUGAUUCCGAUCCUCAUGGCCUCGGCGGUUGGGCGUGGCAGGCAUGCACGGAAAUGAUAUUGCCAACAGGGGGCAAUCGAGAGAUGAGCAUCUUCCCAGCUCACAAGUAUGACUACAAUGAUAGAGUCGCCUACUGUGCACCUCGAUUCGGCGUCGUACCCAGGCCAGCCUGGAUCCCUACCGAGUUUGGCGGCCACAACAUAAGGAGGACCUUGAAGAGAUUUGGGGGCAACAUCAUCUUCUUCAAUGGCUUAAGAGACCCUUGGAGUGGUGGAGGGGUGUUGAAGAGCAUUUCCAAGAGCAUUGUUGCAAUAGUGGCCGAAAAAGGGGCUCACCAUGUCGACCUGCGAUACUCGACUAGCGAAGAUCCCGAGUGGCUUCAAGAUGUGAGGAAGAAGGAGAUCGAGAUCAUUUCGGGCUGGAUCUCUCAAUACUACCGAGACUUGACCAAAUCGUUUUCCUAACUGUGGUUCUCCAACUCAUAGUGCUUCUAGUUCUUCAACUAUCCAAGUGACAGCUUUUACUCUAGGGAUUAAAAUUUGACUCUUAGAUUUUGUUUUCGUAAAUGUUUCUCGACUGUAAUAGACAAUUAUCUGAUUUUUCACAUUACGUUUGAUUCA